UGACAGACCCCAGAGACGGCAAACGCGUGGCCCUCAAAAAGAUGCCCAAUGUCUUCCAAAACCUCGUCUCCUGCAAGAGGGUUUUCCGCGAGCUGAAGAUGCUUUGUUUCUUCAAGCACGACAAUGUGCUGUCAGCUCUGGAUAUUCUGCAGCCUCCACACAUCGACUACUUUGAGGAAAUUUAUGUGGUGACGGAGUUGAUGCAGAGUGACCUCCAUAAGAUCAUCGUGUCUCCACAGCCCCUGAGCUCUGACCACGUCAAAGUCUUUCUCUACCAGAUCCUCCGAGGAUUGAAGUAUCUACACUCAGCUGGCAUUUUGCACAGAGACAUUAAACCCGGUAACCUGUUGGUCAACAGCAAUUGUGUGCUUAAGAUUUGUGACUUUGGCCUGGCAAGAGUGGAGGAGCUGGACGAGUCACGUCACAUGACCCAGGAGGUGGUGACGCAGUACUACAGAGCGCCAGAGAUCCUGAUGGGGAGCAGGCACUAUUCCAAUGCCAUCGACAUCUGGUCUGUGGGCUGCAUCUUUGCCGAGCUGCUUGGCCGACGCAUCCUCUUCCAGGCCCAGAGUCCCAUCCAACAGCUGGACUUAAUCACAGAUCUGCUGGGGACUCCGUCACUGGAGGCCAUGAGGACGGCGUGUGAAGGGGCCAGAGCUCACAUCCUGAGAGGACCACAUAAACAGCCCUCACUUCCUGUCCUGUACACUCUGUCCAGUCAAGCAACCCAUGAGGCCGUUCACCUCCUCUGCAGGAUGUUGGUCUUUGACCCUUCGAAGCGGAUCUCUGCAAAGGACGCCCUGGCGCACCCGUAUCUGGACGAGGGGCGUCUGCGGUACCACACCUGCAUGUGCAAAUGCUGCUACACCACGUCCUCUGGCCGCGUCUACACCAGUGACUUUGAGCCUGUCACCAACCCCAAGUUUGACGACGGCUUUGAGAAGAACCUGACGUCAGUUCGGCAGGUCAAAGAGAUCAUUCAUCAGUUCAUCCUGGAGCAGCAGAAGGGGAAUCGGGUACCGCUUUGUAUCAACCCCCAAUCAGCUGCCUUCAAAAGCUUUAUCAGCUCAACAGUAGCUCAGCCCUCUGAGAUGCCUCCAUCUCCUCUGGUUUGGGAGUAGCUGAGGACGGCGGAGAAGAUGGCGUUGAUAAACAGUGGUGGUGGACAUCCCUCCGGCGGCCCGUCCCGCGUCCACCCCUCGCCCCCCCUGGACUACUGACCCCCAGGCAUCCCCAAACCUGCGUAGCAUUUCACUGGAGUCUAGGACUAGCCAUGUCGCUGAUGUGUGUGUGUGUAUGUGUGUGUGUGUGUACUGUAAUACUUACUAAAUGGAGUUUUAUAGAAGCAACCACUGCUGAUGAGUUCAAGCGGGACACGGGACGGGUGGGCAUGGUCACGGGGGGACCGUUCGUACAUACCCACUGCUCUGUUGUAGUAUACUAAAGGUUCGUGAAGGGUACGAACCUGUACUUUCGUCAGACGAAGUCGACCCCUGUGGACUUGAAUGUAUUUGAACAGCAGGGCGGCAGAGUCUGUGCAGUAUCCCUGAAGGAAAACUCAUCACGACUGUGUGUGCGAGUAAUCAUGCUUUAUUUAUUCAUGGAAACAGGAAGUGCAGUGCUUCAUGUUGUAUGGAAAGAAGGCAAGUUCCUCUGAAUCUGUCUUUCGCUCACGCUAGAACCAGGGCGAAAAAACCGCUGUCCUCAUUAGUAGCCUAUUCAUUAGGCCCAUGCAUAUAAAUUUGUGAAUUUAGGUGAAGGACCUUGUGAAAGGUGCGGUCACAUUAACCGCUGCUCGGAAUUUCGAGGGCGAAGUCCAGUUGUUUCAGGAAUCUGCGCAUUUUGAAAAAAUACCUGAUGCAGAACUAGUUGGUCAUGUAUAUUUGUUGCGCCGACCGACAGAAAGCUGCUUCAUACAUAAUUAUGCUAUUGGCGACGGAAAAAAAAUGAAAAUGGGCAGCAAAACGGAAAUAUCGCUAGUGUGACCGCAUCUUAAGAACUGUGACCACUCGUUUGGCUAGAGUGAGCUGCUCAUUACGUUUAUUGCCUUCAACGGCAGUGUGAUUUUUACGACUUUCUUCCAUUUUUGCUGUCUUCUGCACUCUUCCUUUUAUUCUCUAUCAAUCUAUCUUUGUUCGUAUCUCGCUUUCCGUCUCAUAUUCAACUCUUCAAAUCAGUAUUCCUUAGCGCAGCACUUGGCAGAGAUACUGAUUCGUAGGCUUCUCUUAUUACUCCUGAAUGUGGAUGUGUUGUGUCAGUAUUUAGUACUUUGGAUUGUUGACUGAACGGCACAACGACUCAAAAGGAUCCAAAGCAUGCAAGAUUGGCCCGAGGGAAAAUGCUCAUACCGAUAGGGUUUAUUUGAAGCGAAGGAGACUUUGUGAGCGUGUCCAGAAAUCUCGCAGGUGCUUGUCUCCUACAGAGACUGAAAACCCAACUAGCAUGUAGCGAAAUGAUAUGGGGAGGUUUAUGUUUUCAGAUGACUUUUGAACCCUGCUCUCCCUGAUGGAGUGUCUAGAAUAGCAUGCAAACCAAAUUAAAGGCUAAAAACUAAAAAAAAGCAAAUAAAUAAUGGGUUGAACUGUUGGUCAACCAAACCAUUCCAUAAUUGCAAUGGUAUAUUUCCAAACUUUGUCUAUGAAGACAAGUAACGAACGCCAUUGCGAGUGCAUGUAUGGACCCCGUGCAUGCUUCUAACUGACUGUGGCAUCACAAUAGUGAUCCUGUAGAUGUCAGUUCAGUGUCGUCUACUUUGACCCCCCUCAAAAGCCCUUUUUCUGUUAAAAGACUCAUGGAGGUGAUGGAUCUGAAAAGGGUGCCUGGGAAAUGGUGUAUAUUGUGGGUCUAGAAAGAAAUUGGGAGUAGUUUUCACUCACUGUACCAUGCUUAAACUUCCCAUAAUGCUUUCUGCACUCUCUCGGACUAAAAGAAAACGAAUGGAAAAUAUUUAAUAUAUUUUUAGAGAAUUAUUUUUAUUUCUUCCUCAAUGUGCUAUGGCAUGCAUGGUAUGUAAAUAAGUGAGUAGCAGGUAGAUUUCAAUAGAAACGAAAAAUCUACAAAAAAAAAAUGACGUAU